AUUUCAAAACAUCUCAGAAGAGAGGGAGGGGAGACAGAACAACAACUAAUACCUUUAGCUCUUCUUGGUUCCUUCCUUUUCCUUUUUUCACAGCAAUCACUGUACCGAAUUCCAUCUCUCUACAGUUUUUCCUCUACGGUGUCUCUCUUUCACUCCGUUUACGCGCAUCGAGUUGCUCCCGAUUUCAUAUAUUUUUUGUUUUAAAGGAAAUCAUCGGUGGCAAUACCGAGCUGAGCAGUUACAUAUUCUGUUUGUAAUCUGAUAUCGAACAGGUGUCGAAUUGGUUUUUGGAUCUGAAAUUUCGUUAAUAAGUGUUGAUUUUGUGAAAUUUGUGGGUUGAUUGGAGUGUGAUUGUUGGAUUGAGCUUCAAAAGAUUGGUUCUUUUUAAUAAAUAAAAAGUGAUUUUUUUGAAAAUUUAAUGGGGGAGGGUGAGGGAGGCGAAUUCCCUCCAAAAAAAGUGCAAUCGGAUACGCAAGGCGGCGCCGGUGAUUUUCCGACAAAGAAGCUCGCUAGACAGCUCGAUUUCACCGCCGGUUUUGGAACUGUGGUUUUGCCUGAGCAUCCACAGCCGCAAGCCGUGACGCCGAUUACUCAACCGCAGCCGGAAACUGUUGCGCCACCUGUGCCACCUUCCACGCUUACCACUCAGCCAGCAGUGAGGGUUGUAAGACCCGAAUCCCCAAAAUCAAGACCAAGACCCAAUGUUGAUGUCAAAGAGAGUACUCCAAAGAAGCAAAAGCAGUGUAACUGUAAACAUUCACGUUGCUUGAAGUUGUACUGUGAGUGCUUUGCCUCUGGAAUUUAUUGUGAUGGAUGCAAUUGUGUAAAUUGUCAUAAUAAUGUUGGAAAUGAAGCUGCUAGGCGAGAAGCUGUUGAUGCCACUUUAGAGCGUAAUCCAAAUGCAUUCAGGCCAAAAAUAGCUAGCAGCCCACAUGGAACACAGGAUAGUAGGGAGGAAACAGGGGAAGUUUUAAUGCUGGGAAAGCACAACAAGGGAUGCCACUGCAAGAAAUCAGGGUGUCUUAAAAAGUACUGUGAAUGCUUUCAAGCUAACAUUCUCUGCUCUGAAAACUGUAAAUGUAUGGACUGCAAGAACUUUGAAGGAAGUGAAGAGAGACAAGCUCUCUUUCAUGGAGAUCAUUCCAACAACAUGGUGUACAUUCAGCAGGCAGCAAAUGCUGCCAUAACUGGGGCUAUUGGUUCGUCUGGCUAUGCAUCUCCACCUGUAGCUAAAAAGAGAAAAGGCCAGGAUCUCUUCUUUGAGUCAACAGCCAAGGAUCUAUCAAUGCACAGGCUUGGACAUUUUCAACAGGCAAACCAUAUUCGAGCAUCUGUGUCCUCAACCUUAUCUUCUAUUCCUGUCACCCGUGCUGGUAACACUGCAGCAAUAGGCCCAUCGAAAAUUACAUAUAGGUCUCUCUUAGCAGACAUUAUCCAACCACAGGAUUUGAAGGAACUUUGCUCAGUUUUGGUGGUUGUAUCAGAAGAAGGUGCAAAGGCACUUGAAGACCAAAGAGAUGCAACAGAAAAGCAGGCUGAAGAUCAAACAUCAACUCGCUUCGCUGCAUCAACUCAAGACAGGAUAAAAACCGAGAAAGAUUCAGAUGUUGGGAGAACUGUGACUGAUGAUUGUUCAAGUGCAAACCAGGCUGAUAAAGUUGGCCCAGAAGAUUCCAAUUCAGAUAGUGCUGAUAUGCUGAAGGGAAGGCCAAUGUCUCCAGGAACUCUGGCAUUAAUGUGUGAUGAACAAGAUACAACAUUCAUGGGAGCCUCUUCUCCUAGUCGGCUAGCUGGACAUGGCUGCAACUCAUCUACACAGUUGUGUUAUGGACAAGGCAUAACUGAGGUUUAUGCAGAGCAGGAAAGGAUUGUUUUAAUGAAGUUUCGUGAUUGUCUUAAUAGGCUUAUCACCUUUGGCGAAAUAAAAGAAACAAAGUACUCAUUAGCCAGAACUGAUUUAGGGAAUCAAAAAGAUGCUCCGAGCAAUGGCAUACCAAAUGGAAGAACAGAAACGGGGAAUCAUCAGGCAUCUGUCAACAAUGGUGUUCCAAAAUCAUUUGGUCCACCUACAGCCAAAACAUCUCAGAUGGUUACUACCAAAGUUGCCACCUCAAAUCACGAUUUACCGAGGAUUGCAGUUCUUCCUGGAGAUAAUGAUACUAAAACUAAGACAGAAAACAAGAUGUAAAAAGGAUACUAACACUGCAGAUCGGCCAGAGGUAUACACUCCAUGUCUGUUAUACUAAACCAUUGUUCAAUCCGGCCUCCUCAAUGCAGUCCCCGAGAAAGCAUCGGGCCUCAUCGGGCCUCAUUGUUGGAAGUUACCGUGAUCUGAUUUAUUUCUUAAGUUAUUAAUAUUAUUUUCAAAAUCAAAAUUUUAUCUUCCACCAUUAUUGGAAUCUAACAUGCAGAUGAAUGAUAUUUACAAUAUUACAUACCGAUGGCCAUUAUAGAUUGUACUUGUAGAUGCUAGGAAGUUACUUGAUCCUCCAUUUACCCUAUUAAGGGGAACAAAGAGAAAGAACAAUUUCCAUAAUUUUUCUUGGAAUACGUAACUUAAUUCCAGUCUGUUGCAA